AAGACUUCAUCGCUUAUGUAUACAUGUCUAUUUUGUAAUCAUGUCUGUUGUGUCCCGAAGCUCUUCUUUCCAAGUCUCAGAGCGAACAAGUUUCUUCUUUGCACCUCCCAGCCCAAUCCUAUGUGUCAUUGCCCGAAUAGAGCAUUUCAUAGCUCUGUGACAUAGUAUGUGUCCAUUUCCAAAAAAGUAUGCGCACAUGCUGGCCUCACGACUAUGCACGCAAUGUUUCUAACACAGAAUCUUAAACGCGGAUGCAAAUAGUCCAAAAAACGUCCUUACCAAAUAUUUGCAUUUAAACAAAUAUGUUUUAAAAAGCUCACACUUCACAUCUGCAGUGAUAAAGUAAGGUGGCAUGUUCCAUGCGUACCUGCCCUCCUGACAACGUGGUUAAAGCUCUCACGGAGGCACACCGCUCACCAUGGUGCUCAACAUUGGUAUUCAGUUACUGUAGACAAAUACAGCAGAAGAAGAGAGCGGCCUGUCUGUGUGUCAGACUGAACAACAGCAUCAUGGAUACUGAAUAUUCAAAGAGAGUGUACCAGGGCGUCCGAGUCAAGCACACAGUCAAAGACCUGUUGGCAGAGAAACGAUCCCGACAGACAAAUGGGCCAAGAUACAGUAGUGGUUCAACAACUCCACCUUCUUUCGUUCAGAUGUCAGGGUCUCAUAUGUUACCCAGCUACUACGGUAUGAGGCGUCCUUUCAUAUCGGAUUCGGACUUUGGUCCAUCUACCAAGCAGUUCUCACCAGAUGUGUACCCAUCUACCUUUGGAGGCAGACCACUGGGCUGUGAGACAUCAAGCUUCUCUCUCAUUGACACCUACUACCCUGACACUUUCAGUGAAUACCGCAACACCACCACCACCACCACCUUCUCAGGCUCUGGAGGAUCUUUCCUACCUUCUUCGUCCCUAUCAUCGCUUUUGCCUCCUUUCAGUGGAGAGUCAUCACAUGUAUAUAUGAGAGACUCGUGGGAGCAGUCGGUUCCAGAGCCAGUUCCCCAGGUGGACGCUCUCUGUCCAGACGACUUGGCUUCUGUCAGCGUCCCAUCGUCUAUGCCCAGCCCGGAAUCCCAGGGGAGCCCCUCCCAACCAAGCCAAGGCUCGUCGUCAAUGGGUCCGGGUUCCACCAGCCUGUCCUACACGCUGCACUCCCUUGAGGAUGCGCAGUACCACCUAUUAACCUCCAGCAACUCCUACACAGCCCCAUCCUCCUCCUUCCCCUGUUCUCCCUACAUGAACAACGACUUGGCGUCCAAGAUCGUCACAGAGGAGGCAGCAGACGGCCACACGAGUCUCCCUUUAAAUAUGGAGGCUCACACUUCUUGGGAUAAGGAGGACGCCGUGACCUCCUGGUGUCCCUACGAGCUAAGGAGGACCUACUGACUGUAUCUCACGUGUCUGAGCUUUGAGUAUUUUUCAGGAGAAAAAGGAUCUGUGACUCAGAUCACAGGGAGGAGUCGAUGGACCUUAAUUCAGUUGGUGUUGAAAAACUCAACAAGCACUUGGCCGUAGUGGAGAAUCAAAGUUUCCACAAAGUCAAAGGACCACUAAAAACAUGGCCCACUUCAUCUGUAGAGGUUGCAAUUCAACAAAUAAUUCUUACAACCUAUUUGUUGGGUAGGAUAUUCAACACAAUUUCCAAAAAAGCUACACUUCAAAUCAUAAAGUUCCCGAUUAUGGGGACGCUAAUUUUAAACAGGUCGAAAUAUAACCCACGCAUUGAAUGUAUCAUAUGAUUCUAUCCUUCCAGUAAAUCAAUGAUUUCUCCUUCUGAGAGGGCGCGCGACAGAAUUUAUUGCUACCCGAGACAAGAUAAGUUAUCUUGGCAUUCUUAUCGCUUGAGUCGUGACUUUCAACUUAUCAAACGUAUUGAAUUGAAGCGGACGUGCAGCUUUGGCUGGAGUGAUAUCGAACACAACUGCCCACCAUCGACAUCUCCUUUUUCAGAGCAAGAGCCCAAAUGUGUCUUUGUUUGCUCUCGAGCUGCUGCACCUUCACCUGACUUUGAUCGCUGAUGAUCAGUCUUUUUUUUUUUUUUUUUUUUUUUUUUUUUUAAAACAUAAAUUUCUGCAUGUUCCUGUCUGAGCAGUUUUCUUUUGAUGAUGAUUGAUGUCACCGAAUAUGCAAAUACAUGUUUGGCGGCUUUUUGGGACCUUUCAAAGACAUGCUCAUCAAAAAAUGCGAAUAUCAUGAAAAAGUUGAUUUAUUUCAGUAAUGCUGUUCAAAAAAAAAAAAAAAAAGAAACUUGUGUAC